AUGGAUUGCGACCUCUCAGAGGAGGGGGUAGAGUCCUUCCACUCGAUAUACGAACGACUGUCAUCAUACUUAGUGGAAAAAGAGGCUUAUGAUCGAAUCGCGACCUUGGAGGUCGUCGAUGAAGAGCUCUCUAAUCAAGAGCGAGAGGACGAAAUAGACAUUCAGCUUGCUCCGGCAGCGCUGGACGAUACACCUCCCAAAGUCAGAGACCCUAUUAAGAAGAUCAAUCUGGGAACAGUGGACGAGCCAAUGGAAGUGGCUAUCAGUAAAAUCCAACCCUUCUCGCCAUUGCUGAAGUUACAGGGGCAGAAUGAGUUCGUUUGGGAGCCUAAACAUCAAGAGGCUUUCGACAGAAUUAAGAGCUACCUAGCGAGCCCACCAGUGCUCAUUCCGCCGAGGGCCGGAUUUCCAUUGAAGUUAUAUAUGUCAGCGGCCGAAGCUUCUAUUGGCAGUUUGCUCGCUCAGGAUGAUGAAGCGGGUAUUGAGCAUGCUAUAUUCUACCUAAGCAGGACACUGACAGACUGUGAGACAAGGUACACUCCUAUGGAGAAGCUGUGUCUGACUUUGUAUUUCUCAGCAUGCAAGUUGCGGCACUACAUGUUAUCCUUUACUACCUGCAUCAUUGCCCAAACUGACUUGGUCAAAUACAUGCUGUCGCGGCCUAUUUUAAGAGGCCGCAUUGGCAAGUGGGUACUGGCCCUUUCCGAGUUUUCAUUACAAAACUUACCUCAAAAAGUUGUAAAGGGCCAGGCCAUCGCGGAUUUUCUGGCACAUCAUCCUAUGUUGGAGAUACCCGCGAUGAAGGAAUUAGAAAUAGCGUCCGCCACUGCGAUUCGACCAGAUUUGGCUCGCAUCCCAGAGUACGCAGUAUGGUACCAAGCCACAAUCUCCUUGCAACCCUGGGCAGAAUACGAGGCUCUUAUUAUCGGGCUUGAAGUUUUAUUGGAGCUAGGGGUGAGGGAUGUUCAGAUCCGCGGCAACUCUCAGCUUGUGAUAAAUCAGCUUCAGGAAAAAUACAGAUGUGUCAGCUGGUUGCUCGUACCGUACUUGAACCGCGCCAUUGAGCUUCUGGAUCAAUUUGUCAAUGCCGAUUUGGAGUACAUCCCUCGCGAGUGCAAUUUCGCGGCCAAUGAGCUCGCUCAACUGGCCACAGGUGUUACAUUGAAGUAUGGGGUUCGCGAGCGUAUUCUGAAAGUUGAACGUCGCACACUACCCUCAUGGCUCGCACGGCCUGAUCCGCCUGAUGACCUAGUGGUCGCGGUGCUAGAACCUAUUGAUGUUGAUUGGCACAUCUUGUUGAUCGAUUAUCUCAAGCGACCAGACCCCACAGUCGACAGGAAGAUUCGCUUUCUCGCCUUAAAUUACUUCCUCAGGGGUGAUAAGCUGCGACGACGUGAGGAAGAUGGCAUAGACUUCCGUUGUGUCUAUGGCCGCAAAGCAAAACGACUAAUGCGUGAAGCGCACACAGGGAUAUGUGGAGCUCAUCAAGCGGGACCUAAGAUGCGAUGGCUUAUUAGGCGACAUGGUUAUUACUGGCUCAGCAUUUUAAAGGAUUGCAUUGCAUUCACCAAAGGAUGUGAAGACUGUCAAGCACAUGGUCUAGUCCAGCAUGUCCCCAACAUUCCCAUGCAACCUAUAAUUAAGCCUUGGCCUGCACGCGGCUGGGCAUUGGACUUGAUUGGGAUGAUCCACCCCCAUUCUUCUCUCCAACAUAAGUUCAUCAUCGUGGCUACUGACUUCUUCACCAAAUGGGUCGAAGCUGAGCCUUUAAAGGAGGCCUCUGGCACCACCAUUCGCUAG